AUGUGGUCCUGGGACAAACUCAGGUUGAUAGAUGGAGUGACUGGAGACGUCUCCAUGCAUAGCAGGGGCCUAAGCGACAAGUUCCAGCCCUGUGGUGUCUCUAGGGUUAUGGAUACUGUCGAUGAUGAUCAGCCAUUGACUGCAUCCGCGGCCAUCGAAAAAGAUACCGCCCAGUCUGGUCUGUCGAAGACAGAAGUGGAGAGACGGUGGAUCGACGUCUGCCCAGCCAGCAGAUCGUGGAGCCCAGGACUCCUUGACCUGGGACUGGGGCCGGAGCUGUCAUUGAGCCAUGCCACGGCGCAGAGGCCAGGUAACCUGCAAGAAGCGAUUAUCUCCGAGUCUGUCCUUUCCAUAGUGCCUGGUAAUGGCCUGUGCCCCUGGUCGACAUCAGGGGCAGGGAUGAGCAGAGCAAGGGAUGCAGAGGACUGUCAUACUUUCUCCCCUGUCAACACUAUCAUAAACCUCGAAAUGAUUGAUUCAUUUCUGGACAAGCACUUCAACUUGGGGGCCAAAGUACCGUACAGGCGGAAAUUCGUGUCUCUAUCUACAGCCCGUGAGGAGACUCGACGGAUAGACCAUCACUUUUGUCAAACAAUGCUGAUUGAUCGGAAAGCAGCAUCUGGUGCUGCGCAUUCGGCUCUGGUGACCCUCACUCGUCGCCACCGCACUGAUAGUUCCACGCAGAGCCAUGUCCAUUGGUUGAUCAGUACGCCUACACUUUGGAUUGACCGAAGUGGGGUCUGCGUCAAGAUCUCGUACCAGCCAAAAGGAGUUGGUGAUCAUGAACUAGUCGUGGAUAUGGAGUAUUUGUCGCCUAAGUUUGACGAUAUGGAGACGAGGCAGCUGGUUGCCUUCUGGUCAGACAGCGAGCGUCUGGACAGGGUACUGUACGCACUUCUGCAGUCAGACGGAGUACUCCGUCCAGGCACCUCCAUUCAGAGUCCGCAAACUGACUGUGUGCAGGUCGACACGAAGAAUGAGUCAAUUGUAUGCAAGUACUUUUGGCAAGUGGGCACACCGUGGCCCUGGUCGGCUACUGGUGUGCUGACCAUUCUGAGUCCUCGUACUUUGGAUGGCUCUAAUGGAUUAUGGACGGGGACCACGAUAGUGGCUUUUCGAGGGAAUCUGUCAGAAUAUUCUGAAUCUUCCGGGACGAUGAAUCAGACAAAGGAUUUCCGGCUUGUUUACAACAGCACUGGCCAGUUGUCGCGCGAGUGUUGGUGA